AAAACCUCUCAAAUAAAUCAAGAACAUUGAAUAUUUGCAAUGUCUUCACGACAAACAGUGAGGCACCCGAGUCACAACCAUCCACUACGCGGUCACAAAUGCGAAACGAAAGACGAAAUCAUCUGCUCGGGUUGUGAUCUCGAUCUGGUUGGUGCAGCUUUCAAAUGCACAAAGUCAGCAGACUGCGAUUACUUCUUGCACAAGUCAUGCUUUGACCUUCCUCGUGAAACCAACCACAAGUCUCACCAAUCCCACACUUUGACUUUGCUCUAUUCCCCAAAGUCAACGUACACGUGUAAUGCUUGCGGCGAGUAUGGGUCAAGUUUCACGUACAACUGUUCGGCCUGUCAGUACGACGUACAUGUCGGAUGUGUUUCAAUGCCUGAGACAGUGAAGCGUGAAGAUCACGCACAUCCACUCACUCUUCUUUACCGUUCUCCUUAUAACCAACCCGGUUUAGAUUCCAAAUGCGAUGUUUGUGAAGAUAUUGUACCGGAUAAUAUCUGGUCGUAUUAUUGCAAGGAAUGUGAUUACGCUACGCAUUUACACUCAUGUAAGAAAGAGGAAGAGGCAAAGAAAGAAGAAAAAGGAGGAGGAAGCAAAAGCUCGGUGAACUCAGAGCUAGCUGCAAUGUUAGAGGCUCAAAGAGAAGUAGAGAGGAUGCAGAUUGAGAUGCAUUUGGCGAUGCAAAGUGCUUUGAUUUCGAAAAAGGCUAAUAAGGCGGCUCUCAAUUGCAUAUAAUUAAUAUAUGAUUAAGUUUGGUUUCUUCGAAAUCUCUCUUUACUCGUAUUUCUGGUUUUUUUUUCUUUCUUUUUUUUUAUUGUUGUUGCUUUUCCCUUAAUUUGGUCAUGUUGUUCUUGCUGCCAAGUUUUUUUUUUCUUGAGUUUAGUUGCUGCCAAGUUUUCAUGUUGUUGUUCUUUGAAAUUGUUAUCUGAAAAGAAUUAUCAGUUGUUUGA